GACGCGCAAAAAGACCAUGCGAAAAAUUCGCUGUAACAAAUCUGGAACUUUUUACACAAACGGUUGAAAAAUAUCACAUCGAGCAAAAAUCUCCUUACAAAAUAUUUAGUAAAAUUCUCUAUUUGAAAUUUCAACGUCAACAACACACUUUGGAUGCAAUAAAAUUUAAUUUCGAGAAAAAUAAGUAAAAGAACGGAGUCCGCGCAUACGCCUCAUUGGAUAAUAAACAAAUUGCAACGGCAACUGCAACUGCAACAACAACAAUAGCAAGGAAAAACCCCAUCACACACACAUACACAUACGAAACAAAAAGAAAAUAACCCAAUAUACCGAAAUUCCAUUUUGUUAGUGUUUUAAAAGAUUUUUCAUAGUGUUUUUAAGUGCAACAUAUAUUUGCCAGUUUUUGUUUAAGUUUUUCUUUAUUUGCAACUCUGUAUAAAAAAAGGGUAAAUCUAUUAUAAUAAAUCUAUUCAAUACGUAUACAUUAUUAAAACGGAAAGUGUUAACGAGGAACACACUAAGCUAAAUACGCUUUUUUAACGAUAAAUUAUCUAUAGAAAAUAAUAACAAUAAUAAUAACAGAAAAUAUAAAUAAUAAUAAAAACGAAUAAUACGUUUCUAUGGGCACGAGAAGCGCAUAAAAAUGCAGCGCCAUGUUUGGAAAUGCAUUAAAAUUAAAUAUAAAAUGUAUAAAUUGCUAACAAGUGAAACAAAUACAACCUGAAAAGCAGAAAAACACAAAAAACAACAAUAAGAAACAAAAGAAAACUAAAGUGAGAGACGAGACUAUUUAGUUAAAUUCUCUAAAGUGUUUGGUGCAACAAAUAAUGAUCAUAAAGUGAGCAACGGAUAAUAAAAUAAAUAAUUAAGAUUAUAUAAUACAAGAAAUACAUUGAACAACAACGACUGCGUUUUGUAACUCUUCAAUACACAUACAAUACAACAUAUUAAAGAUCGGAUUGAUCGGAUUAUUAAAUUGGAUUUGGCCCCCGUCUCUACGUCGUUCGUCAGCUGUAGGAUCUUACAACAGCUUUUGUCCCGUACCCCUCUCUUAAUUCGCCCCUGUAAAACGCAGUCAGCAAAAUUCGAAUAAAAAAAGAAAGGAAAUUCAAAUCAAAAUUGAAAAAUAAACCAAUUGCAAUCACUUUUACAAUUGCAAACUGCAACGUGUGCCUCAAAACCUCGAAAGCUACAAAGACAAGCUUUAAUCGAAAGCUCUUCAUAAACCAGCAUUUACGUAACUUGAGAUAAUUGAUGCAAUUACCUACUAUACAAACAUAAACACUUACGUAGAUAUAGUCAAGGAAAAAAAGCUUGUAAACCGAGCUGGACCACAGUGUAAUCGAUUGACGAUCGCCGCAGCGCGUUUCAAAGCUCCAAAAGCUAGAGAGAGCAACGCACUGCAGUCUGCAGUUAGCGGCAGCAGCAAAAAAGAGAGCGGGAGAGAGCACAAGAGUGCAACAGGCAGCAGCAGCAGCAGCAGCGACUGCAGUAGUAGCAGCCGAGGUGUGCUUCGUAACUUGUUCGGCCGGCAUUCGGACGACGCUUCGUGCACUUCCUGCGUCGCGCAGCCCCCAGCAACAACGAAAGCCAACUGAGCGACAAUCAACGAGAUCAGUUCGUUGGCGAAUGCAACGCUGAUUGCAAUUGACGCUGGCCUGCAUUCUUCGGCGAAAAGUGAAAGAGAGACAGAGAGACACACUUGAGCGAGGGAGAGAGCCAGAGAAGUGUGUUUGCGUGUGUCAGUGUCUGUAUGCAUGUCUCCUCUUUAACACUGACUGAGAUCAUCAUCAUCAUCACUCACGCUCUACUGUACGCCGGUCACUCAGCAUCGCCGCCGCUGCAAUUCAGCACCGCACCUCGCGACCCCCUCUAAAAUAAAAUACUAUAUAGAAACGACUUUUUUGCGGUUCGUUGCGUGCAAAAUAAAAAAGUACUACAAAAUAUUUUGAAAUAGAAAACUUGAAGAAAAAAACACGUAGACAACAUUACAUUUGAUAUCUCGUAAGCAUUUGAAUACUACAAGUAAACGAAGUGUAAACGUUGAAAAUAAGUGAAGUGAAAAAAAUACAACAAAAUACUAAAUAAUAAUCAUAAUAAUAAUACCUAUAUACAUUAUAUAUACACAUACAUAUUACCAACCAACGUAAGGCAGUUACUCGGAUUAAUUAUCUACACCUGCUGCAGCCAAUUGGAUACAAUACUCAUUUGGAUACUCAACCACACCUCAGCAUCAGCAGCGACUCAGCUACUGCUCCAAUUCGCAUGAAAAUGGCGGAAGGCAAUGGCGAAUUAUUAGAUGACAUUAACCAGAAAGCCGAUGACCGUGGCGAUGGCGAACGUACAGAGGAUUAUCCCAAGCUUUUGGAAUAUGGUCUGGACAAGAAGGUCGCGGGCAAACUGGAUGAAAUCUAUAAGACCGGUAAACUUGCUCACGCCGAGCUGGAUGAGCGCGCCCUGGACGCGCUCAAGGAGUUUCCCGUUGAAGGUGCCUUGAAUGUGCUUAGUCAGUUCCUCGAGUCAAAUCUGGAGCAUGUGUCAAAUAAGUCUGCCUACCUGUGUGGGGUCAUGAAGACCUAUCGUCAAAAGAGUCGCGCCAGUCAGCAGGGCGUUCCCGCAACCGCCAGCACCAUACAGGUGAAGGGACCCGACGAAGACAAGAUCAAAAAGAUACUCGAGCGUACCGGCUACACACUGGACGUGACCACAGGACAACGAAAAUACGGCGGUCCUCCGCCCAAUUGGGAGGGCAAUGUGCCCGGCAAUGGCUGCGAAGUGUUUUGCGGCAAGAUACCCAAGGAUAUGUUCGAGGACGAGCUAAUCCCGCUGUUCGAGGACUGUGGCGUCAUUUGGGACCUUCGACUUAUGAUGGAUCCGAUGACUGGUACAAAUCGUGGUUAUGCAUUUGUCACAUUCACAAAUCGCGAUGCGGCCGUCAAUGCUGUGCGACAGCUCGAUAAUCACGAAAUAAAACCCGGCAAGUGUCUGAAAAUAAAUAUAAGCGUACCGAACCUGCGCCUUUUCGUAGGAAAUAUACCCAAGUCGAAGGGUAAAGAUGAAAUUUUAGAGGAGUUCGGUAAACUUACAGCUGGCCUCUACGAGGUGAUCAUCUAUAGCUCGCCGGAUGACAAGAAAAAGAAUCGCGGCUUCUGCUUUCUCGAAUACGAGUCACACAAGGCGGCUUCUCUGGCCAAACGGAGACUUGGCACUGGUAGAAUUAAGGUUUGGGGAUGUGAUAUUAUAGUCGACUGGGCCGAUCCACAGGAGGAGCCGGAUGAACAAACAAUGUCCAAGGUUAAAGUGCUUUACGUGCGAAAUCUGACGCAAGACGUAACAGAGGAAAAACUAAAGGAACAAUUCGAGCAAUAUGGCAAAGUGGAACGCGUUAAGAAGAUUAAAGACUAUGCCUUUAUACACUUUGAGGAUCGUGAUAGCGCCGUCGAAGCUAUGCGUGGCCUUAAUGGCAAGGAGGUCGGCGCCUCGAAUAUUGAGGUCUCACUCGCCAAACCGCCAUCGGACAAAAAGAAAAAGGAGGAAAUUCUGCGCGCACGCGAAAGACGCAUGAUGCAAAUGAUGCAGGCGCGUCCAGCAAUCGUUGGAUUUGAAACAUUGUCUCCAUACAGAAACCUGUCGCCGACACAUCCCAGCAUGAUGUCCAUAACGCCAAUGCGUCUACAAGGGGCGCGUAUGCCGCUGCGCACGCCGAUGCCCCGUGAAUACGACUACGAUUAUGAUUAUUUUGGCUAUUCGGACUAUCGGCCCGGCUUUGGCGCUGACUCGUACUAUGAUGACGUCUAUCGUUUCUAUGAGGGCGAUUACAGUUAUUACGAUUAUCCGAACAAUGCGAGCGGCAAUGGAGGUGCCGGCGGUGGCGGCGGCAGCAGCGUCAACAACAGCACAGCUGUUGCCAUGCCUACCAAUGCAGGCGGCGGCGGCGGCACCUCCGUAAACGCUUCGCAGCGUCCAUCAAGAGCCCAAGCAAGUGGCACGGUCAAUUCCACGGUGGUUAUGGGGGCUGGACGUGGCCAUGGAAUCACAGUGCCGCGUGGCCGAGUCGUUGGCCAACGUGGCAGCAUCAGUCGUCUGGGGGCCCAACAAGCGCCACAGGCGGCGGCAGCGCCGGCGGUGGGACAGGCGGCGGCGGCGGCGGCUCAUCGGGGGGCGGCCACCGCUCAGGGGGCGCCGGCAGCAACCGGGGGGGUCCGUGGGGUGGCACCAACGCGUCCCAACGCUCCUGGCACCCAGCACGUCAAGCCGCUACAAAAUUUACCAGUAGUCGGUAAACGUAAGUUCGAUGGAGGUCACCAAAAUCCGGCAGAUGUUAAGCGACGUUACCAGAGCGGUUUGAUAGGAAAUGGCGGCAGUUGGGGCAGUUUACCGCUACCACAGCAACCCUUAGGCACAAAUGGUGAACAGUGGUAUAUGGAUACGUUUUCGGCAUGGAGUUAAAACCACAACAACAACAACAACACAACAGUUAAAAUAAUCAUCCAACAACAUCAUGGAUAUUAAGGAAGCACACCAACAAGAACAACUACAACUACAGCAACAAUAACAACAACAACAGCAAGCAUAUAUGUAUCUAUCUAUUUUUCAUCUUUUCUAAACUCGCAACGAGAGUAGCAAACAAAACUUAAGCAAUAAUUAACUCCUAUAUAAACAAUUUAGCAAUUGAGGAAAAGAAAAAAUACUAUAUCAUUUUACAGCUUUUGCACACGCAACUCUUUAUCUCUCUCUCUCUCCUUCUCUCUAUCUCUCUCGUAUCUAUCUGAAAGAAAUAAUGUUCUAUAAUGAAUGAAUAUUGAAUAACAAGCAGUAGAUAUAUAAUAAUAGACUUGCCGCAGCAUUUUAGCAAACAAACAAAAAAAAAAACACUUCAGUUUCUUUAAAUCAAGCAUAAAAGAAAGUAAUCCUAAAAGCAAAGUAAUUAGAGCAUUUUUAAGCAAAGUAAAACCCCUUUUAAAAUUUGAGAAUUACAUACGUUUUUAACUUGGAAAGUCGAUACAAUAAUGAGCAUAUAUAACAAAACAAAAAACAAAAACUACAACUAUAUAUAGACAUAUAUAUAUAUUUAUAUCAAUAUACUGCAAUUAGGCUCUUAUUGAUUUUAAAACUUAAGCAAAACAAAACAAAAAAAAAACAACUUUUUUAUACAUAGAUGAACGCGUAAACCAAAUUCAGAAUCAUGAUAAAAACAGCCCCUAAUGAAAAAUGUAAUGAAAUUAAUAAUUAUAUUAACAAUUUUACUACUAUUUGUAUAAAACAUGAAUCAAAUUGCAAAUUCAAUGGACUUUAAUAACGAGUUGCACACAAUAACAAAAUUUCCCCACACAAUUGUAAAUACGAAAUGAAAAAAAAGCUCUAAAAAGAAUUGAUGAAAAUUGAGAAGAAAACAAAAAAAAAGUAAUUCAGAAGCAAAGCUUAAUGAAGAAACAUUGACUGAAAAUUAAAAAAAAAAGAAAACAACAAAAAACAAUACAAAAAUUUAAAAAUUAACUAAUUAGUUUUGGAUGUGUUGAUGAGAAGUGAGAGAACUAAUAAAAAUAAUUAAUGCGCAACAGCUGGCAUUAUUAUAUAAUGUCUGAUGUGACGGUGCAAGUUGGCAAAGACUUUCCGAUUUAAUUGCAAAACUAGUUUAGGUAACUUGAAAUCAAUUAUGAGUAAUAAACAAAACAAAAGAAAACAAAACAAAGUAGAGCUAAGAAAUUGCACAAGAAAAGAAAAGAAAAAAAUAAUACAAAUAAUAAGAUACACCCAGAUACACAGCAUCAGAUAAAGAGCAGAAAUUAUAGAUCUGCUAUCGAUAAGCAACGAAUUAGUAAGAAGAACAAGAAAUACUACACACACACACACAAACAAACACACACAUCACAUGCAGUCAGAAUACGCGAUAAUAUUAUAGGGAAUUUAAUAAUGGCAAAUAACAAAUUAUUAAUUACAAAAAAAACAUAAUUAUAUGAGAAAUCAAUUAGCCAACGCGUCUAGCAGCAGCUUCCCCACUUUAAACAAUUUAAUUAACUAAAAACUAACUUAUGUUUUUUUCAUUUAAUUGCUGAAAAAGAAAAGCUUCAUAGCAAAUCGAAACUGGUACCCUAUAUACUUACUUAUAUAGAGAGAUAUAUAUACAACUUAUAUAUAGCAUUAUUUAACUGUAACUCCAUGCCUAUAUAACAACAACAACAACAACAAACAAAAAACAUCAACAACAACUUGCCUGAUUUUUCGUAACACAAAAAUUUUGCAAAAUUCUUAUUUUUCGGUCAUUAAAAUUUUUUUUUGCUAGAUCUCAAGUAAAGCAAAAAGUUAAGUAAAAUAAUAACUAAAGUGUAUAAACAAUUAAAUUAGUUUUAAACUAACAACAAACAAAACUUCCAAUUUUUAACUCAAGAACAAAAAAAAAAGAAAACGAUAAAAAUAAUGGUAAAAGAGAAAGGUAAAGAUAGAUGUUGGAAAAGGGCGUGUGUUUUUUAUAAAAAACGUAUCUAUUAACAUUGUUCAGCAAGCGCCUAAAAAACGGAAUAUAUGAUAUUUUAAAAUUAGACACACACACACUCACAGAUACACACUCAAACACACAGACACCAAGCAGUUGCCUAAAACAGAGCAAAAAGAAAAAUACUUUUUAAACUUGCGCAAAAAUUUGCAACACCAGCAAAGAACUUUAAUACAUUAAUAUAUAAAAGGAACAUAAUAAUGAUACAUAUAUUAACAAAAGAAAACAAAACACAACAAAAAAAAAACAUAAAUAAAAUCAACAAUAAGAACAUUUACGACAAAUUCUAAAUGACCAUAGUUAAGCUUAAAUUUAGUAACACACAUACACACACACAGAGUAACACCCAUACAACAACAACAAACACACACACACACACAUCUAAUAAUUAGAGGUACACCCAGCAGCAAAGUGUGCGCCAUUUUCUAACUACAUUAACUAAAGCAGUAAACAAAUUUUAACUAAACAAAAUAUUUAAACAAUUUUUGUGCUGAGUUUCGUUCGUUAUGCAUUUUUUUUAAUUUCUCAUUUUUAAAAUCUUAUUAUUUUUUUUUUUGUUAAACACACACAAACGUAUAGAAUGAAAUUGUAAUUGUAAAUUUUCAGACGCCGUCGCUGCGUCUUUUUAAUCAUUUUUUUUGUUUGAAUGCAUGUUUUUGCCUUAAAAAGAAAUUUCGAAAUUUUUUUGGUGACUUUUGACAAAACAAAAAAAAAAAAAAAAAGAGAAACAAACGAAAAACCUGAACCCAAUUCAAAUUGCAAAUAUAUAUGUAUACAUAUGUUUAAUGAUAAAGUUUUGUUUAAUUUGAUACUGUACUGAUUUUAUAUUGUUUUAAAUUUGUAAUCUUAUUUUUAAGUCUUAAUUGUUAAUGUGUUUUUAUUGUAAACUAUACAAAACAAAUUGGCAAAACCUGUUAAACAAUCCGUUCAAGUUUGAAAACGAAAUUUAAGGCAAAUCUAAAAAUCUAAAACACAAAACAAAAACAGUCUAAAUUAUGUGCCGUUGCUGCCUUUGCGGUCGUAAUUAAUUGUUUAUUUUUAUCAUACUUUUUUGGAAGUUAAAAAAUUGUAAUUUCGAUACUCCUCCCCCCUUCACAUGUCUCCCCCCUCUAUAUAUUUGUGUUAAUAUGUAUUGUAAUUUGUAAUUUUGUUUAAUUUUUUCGGGAAAGCAAAAACGUUUGGCAAAAUUAGUUUAUAAUUUGAAUAAUUAGUUUUGUUUGUGCGCUUAAGUUUUCAAUAUUAUGUUACAUAAUUAAAUAUAUAUAUAUACACAUCAUUAUAUAUAUAUAUACAUAUUUUAAACUAUAUGAAUAUUAAUUUUUAGCAAAAUAUUUUUACGACUAAACUUAAAGCCCUAAUGUUUAAAAUAAUUACCGGACUAAUUUGUUUAGCUCUUUAAUUGGUUUUAUAAUUUGAACAUUUUUUGUGUAUUGUAAAGAAGCGCAAGCAAAUUUCAUUGACCUUUGAGAGAACCCCAGCUCUAAUGAUACAUAUUACUUACUUACUUACAUCAUAUUUACCCCAACAAUAAUAAAACUGUAUACGUGUGUAAAUUGAACUUCAAACAAAUAAAUCUUAAAAGUAACAACAGCAAACAUCAACAACAAGAACAACUAAAAUAACAAUAAUAAUAACAAAAAUUGCAAACGGCGCGUGGAAACUGAGCAAAAGCAAAAUAUGAAAAUUUCAAACAAAAAAAAAAACUUUACAUGAAUUGUGAUGAUGCAAAGGCAAGAUUUAAUCAUAAUUACUAAAUCUAUAUAUACAUACAUAUAUAUAAAAUAUAUCUUUCUCUUCAUAUAUAUAUAUAUAUAUAUCGAUAUAUAUAUGAGUAUAUAGUGUAUAUGUAGACGUAGGCGUGUAUAAUCUAACUUUACUUUUAAACAGACUGCGUACGUAUUAAAAAUUUUUAAAAUUAAUUUGUGUAAAAUGUUUUAAGUUUUUGAAAAAUUGGCAAAUAAAGAAAACAAUAAAAAUUAAUAAAUCAAAAAAAAAAAAACCAAAACAAUUGGCGUAAUUUGAAAUAUACUAAUUAACAGCACUUGAAACAUUCUUCGAGUGUCUCUUAAAAAUAAUCUUUUUCCAAAUUCUUCUUCAAACCUUUCAGCAAAUGAAUAUUUCUCAAAUAAUUUGAAUGUAUAUUUCAAAACCACAAAUAAUUGGCUAAUGCGCAGCUGUUUAGGAGAGACUGCCAGAGAUCUUUAUCAGUCUAAAGGAUUCUAAAGAGAAAUUAUGGAGUCGAUAUUCAGUUUCCAGAGCAGGCUGUUAUUUAUAAUACGAAUUAAAAAAAGAAAAAUAGAAAAUACUACUAUACUAUAUUAAAAAUUAGCACAACUUUUGAUUUGUUUGAUCAGCUGCACAAUCCACAACAUAUAUACUCUUAUAUUUUUAUUACUAUUACACAAUAUAUGUUUACUUAUAGUUUGUGUGUGUUUCUCUAUAUUGAUUUUAAAUUAUAAUUGUAAUUGUUCUUUUCUUUUAUACAAAUCUUUAUAAAUGAUAAUUAACAACAAAAACGAAUACGAAAAAAUCAAACAUCACAACAGAACACACGUAUGUGAGGGAUUUAUAUGAACCGUGAACGUAACGUCGCCAAUUAUGAGAGAAAGUUAAGAGAACAUUCAGAACAAAAAAAAAAGAAAA